GCAACUGCCGGUGAGGCGUACGGGGCCCAGCGCGUCAUGGACAAGGAUGCGCUCAGGCGACAGCACGCAUGGAGUCUGCUGCGGUCGUCGACGAUAUCGAUGCCAUUGGCGGCGACGUACCUUAGCGCCCUCUUCCAGAGAGACGAUGUCCUGACCGAGCUCCAGCGCGAGGAUGCGAUGGCCAAGGCGCAUGCGAUUGCGACCGAGCGCAACACGCUCACGUCGCGCAUCUUGCAUCUGUACCCGAGUGACAAGGACGCAGUCGAGUACACGGCGCAUGUGGCGGUGCGCUUUGGCGGCGACGUCAUCGACGUCGACUGCCUCCGCGUCAUCACGGUCAAGAACGUGACGCUGGGCGUGCGCGUCAGCGGCGCCGUGGCCUUUGACCUGCUGUCGCGCACCGCAACCUUUGUGCCCACGGUACCGCUGGAGGCGCGGUCGACCUUCAAGCUCAAGCUGCGCGCCGAGGCCGUCACGUCCUGGCUCGGGCCGGUCCGGUCGACGCUCAAGCUCUCGUUUUCGACCAAGCCAAAAUAA